AUGUACGAGAAACGCAGACUAAAGUCACAAAAUAAGGCCGAUGUGGCUUGGAAAACAGAAAAGGCCUCACUGGUCGAAUUAAACAAAAAUUUGGAUAUAAAUAUUACCCUUACUAUUGAACGGGCUGGUGGACGUGGCCGUGGUGGACGUGGCCGUGGUGGUUCUGGUUUUGUUGGUCCUGUUAGUGACAAUGAGUUUGAUCCUGCUAGCGCUACUAUUGAACCUGUAGGUGACCCCAUUGAUGAUAGUGUGACUGGUACAAAUGGUGGCAUCGAUACUGGAAAUACUGCUACAUCAGCCAGUGGCCUUGUUGUUGAUGCUGGCAACGCGACUGGUCCUGCUGGUAGGAUCAAUGGUGAAAAUACUGCUGGCAAUACAUCUAUCAAUACUGUUGGAUCUGCUGGUAACCUUGCUGCUGAUUUUGGUGCUGGCAAUGCGAUUUGCUCCAGUGCUGGCUAUGGGUCUUGCCCUGCUGGUGGUUCUGCAAAUGGCACUAGUACUAGCGUCGUAAUAUUAUACCUCAAAUUGUAUCCAAUAUUUGCUAAUGUGGUGGACCCGCUGUUGACGCUAGUGCAGAGGAUGCUGCUGGGAGCGGCCAAGGAAAUGCUGGUCGUGGCGGCCGAGGUAUCGCUGCUUGUAGAGGUCAUGGAUGUGGUCGAGGAAUCGAUGCUGAACGACAACCCAAAUUUUUAUAAUCCUCAACAUCAAGCUGUCGGAUAUGGAGCUUAUGAACCGCACCCUCGUCAGCGAUUCUAUCUACAAGAGAGACUAUAUAAUUAUGUUCCGUAUAAUCACUGGAAGAACUGGACCAAGGAUGAUCAUGAAGUUUCUAAAGAAAUAAAAAAUCUGAAGAAUACAGUAUAUGGACUCAGUAAGCGAGUAAAAACGCAAGAGGCAACAGCCCUGACGAGAGGAUCAGCAGAAUUACCUGCAACGGCAACGAUCACCGCACCGGCUUCAUCUGGAAAAGUUACUGAAGCGGGUACAACUCUGAUGACUAAUGCAUUAAGUGCACAACAAAUGCCUGCCUUGCAGAUGCCUGUAUCUUCAAUGCCUCCGUUGCAGAUGCCUAUGUUUGCCUCGCACAUGCUGGCCCAACAAAUGGCUGCACCACAGACGCCAAUAUUACAGGCAAUGCAAGGGCAAAUGCCGAUGGCACCUAAUCAAGCGCCAACGAUAAACCCAUACCAAAUGCUUGCACAACAGCCACAGGCCUAUUUCAAUCCUUUUGGAUGGCAGUUCUAA